AUGUCCAUAUGGGAAAGUGAAUACGGUACAUCUCCAACUCUUGAGUUCGAUUCGAACAAUCUGUUCUCAGAUCCCACUGGAAAGACUGCCCAAACCCUCGAGCAGCGAAGGCGAAACGCCAAAUUCGCCAAGGACCAGGACGCCCGUCGCGGCAAGUCGGAGACUGACGUUAAGAAGCAGACCAAGGGCGUGCGAAAGUCGCCUAUUUCUCCCUUCUGGCUCGGUAUCCUCGGCUUCAUCGUCUUCGGCGGCCUCAUAUUCGAGCUCAUCUCGCGCAUCUUCUUCCGAUGA